AUGCAACAAAUUCCACCUAUAUCAGUCGGAGAGAAACUCCCAACACAACAAAUACCUUCGGCAGAGGUGGACCCAAUUCAUGAAGAAGAUAGUUUUUUCGUAGACAAUGUGUAUGAAGAAAAACAGAAAUCAUCACCAAAAGAAACAAAGAAGGCAUCAUCUCCUACAAAUCCUCAAACCCAGCACAACAUAUCCCCUAAUGUUUUAAACAUCAGCCCAAUCAUACCAACAAAUACAAUCUCGGUUUAUACCCCAUCAUCCCGAAAGAAUAAUCCUUCUUCUUCAAAAAGUGAGGUUUUACUUCCAAAAUUGUCAUCAUUAACCCAAAAACCCAAGUCACCCUAUGAGACAAGACCUCAAACGGCUCCUCCAAAAAAGCCUGUACUACAAAAAACACCAUCUAAGCCAAAACCGGAGGAGCCAAAGAUUGUAAAACCAUAUUAUAUCGAUAGAAAGAAACCAUAUGAUGAGAGUAAGGUUAAAGAAUUUAUGAAAAAGAAGCAACAAGAACUAAUUCAGCAGAAAGUUGAAUCUAAGAAAGCAAAGGAGGAAGCAAAGUUAAAGAAAGAGCAAGUGCUGCAAAGGCUUGAAGCCUAUGUGCAAAAAGUAAUUGUCAAGCCAAAGAAGAAAUCAGUAUCUCCAAAAAAAAAAUCUAAAAAGAUAGAGGAUCAACAAACCGUCACAACUGUUGAAAACCUUAUUAAAAAGAGAAGCAAAACGCCUCCCGCAUCCUCAAACAAAAAAGAAGACAAGCCAAAGAAAAAGAAGACAAAAAAGAUUGGUGCAGACAAAAAGCAUCACUUUGAGACAGAUCACGAAAUCCACACUAGGCCUUUUUCAGCUCCGUUAAAUGACCAAGAACUGAAUGCUUUUCACAAAACAGCCGAAAAAGAGUUGUUAUACGACCACGAAAUUCAACAACAUAGGAAUAUUUACAUUCCCAACAAUUUUCCGCAACAACAACUUCAUCCUCCCUCAUCUAACAAGGAAUCAAAACUCGUUAUUGUUAACACGCAGCCACAAGGAAACACCUCUGAUAUUCAAAUACAACACCCAGCACAUCGUUUUGCAUGGAUUGAACAACAGCAACAACCAAGAGUCUCGAAUGAUCAUCAAGAAGAUUUCGAUGUGGCUGCCGAGAGCUAUCAAAACAAAUCCAAAUCUCAAAUUCAACAACCUGUUGAAAACAAUGAAUCACCCACUCCAUUAUUUAUUAUGAACAAGAACCGAUCCCCUCAAAACACCGAAAACCGUCUUAGACAUUCAAUUUCUUCAAUCUCAUCAACCGUGCAACAACCCGCAAUAGAAAGUGACGAUGAAGAGCCAUUACAAGAGACAGAGACUGAAUCCUUCAAAAGUAGAUAUAAUUUCCUUGGCUUAGAUUCGAAACCUCUUCCAACAGCACAUUUACAUUCCACACCUUCUCCUUCCAAAGACACCCCACAAAGUAAGCACUCAGACUCCAAAGUGCCCUCUCCUAUUGAAGUUUCACACCACAAAAAAUCGCCUCAAAACAUUUUAGAAAGACUUGAUUUAAGCAGGCUCAAUAACAACAGUAGCGCUCUUUCACCUAGGUCUUCGUUAUCUCCUCGAUUAAUGCAGCCAAAGAGCCCAACAGAAUCAGAAAUACUGUUUGUAAUUAAUGCUUUGGCCAGAAAAAGUCGAAAAUUACAAGAAGCAGCUGCUAAAAAGCAUGAAACCAAAGAUGUUAGUGUUCAAGGAGUGAGCGAAGAAAUAUCUGUACAUAAACGGAAUGCUGAGGUCAAUACCUCUCCCCAGCAAACUAAGAGUUUAGAAAUGGAUAGACAAAGAACCAUUAUGUUAGAGAAGAAGCUGGAAAUGGAAAUCAAACAAGAAGAAGAAUCUCUGUCAUUGUUAGGAAAGAAAGCAGAAAUGAUCAUGUCUUCAAGCCAUCAUCUCUAUGAUGAGUCAUUUGGUGAGUGUACCUCUUCUGAGGAUGUAAUUAGUAUUUCCACUGAGUAUGAAGAAAGAGAGAGAAAAAUUGAAGCCAUGAAAAUGGAGCUUAAGGCUCUCAGAAUUAAGAAAAAGAAGCAAGAAGCUAAGCUUCAGCAAAUCAUAAGAUCCAAGAAAAUUGAACAAAAACUGAGAGAGGUUAAAAACGAGCUAAUUCUGCAAGACAAGAAACUUGGAGUUUCAUAUGACAGUGAAACUACCUCAACGGACAAUGACUCGCUUCUGCUCUCAAGCUCAGGAAAAAGAAGAAAGCUCAAAAAACAACAAGACCAACAAGGAGAUUGUACUCCUCAACCAGCUAUUGAUGAAGAAGGUCUAAAGAAAAGAAUAGAGAACGAAUUAAAAGAGCAACUCACAAAAAAGAUGGAGGAAGACCUUCUUAAAAAGAGAAAAGAAGAGGAAGAAAUCAUACGAAGAAAAUUAGAAGAAAUUGAAGCUGAUAGAAGAAGAAAAGAUGAAGAAAUGAAACGUAAAAUGGAGGAAGAGUUGGCUCGCAAACAUGAAGAAAUUAAACGAUUAGAAGAACAAAGUAAUUUGAAAAAGAAACUGGAAGAAGAAUCUCUAAGAAUGAAAAUGGAAGAAUUGAAAAAGCAAGAAGAGCUGCUUAAACAGAAGGAACGUGAGCUCUUGCUUCGAAAGCAGGAGGAAGACUUGCGAAGGCAAAAAGAAGAAGCUGAACAAAGAAAGGAACUAGAGAGACAGAUUCGACAAGUGCUAGAGCAAGAAAUGAAAAUUAAAAAAGAGUAUGAAGAAGAACUUCUAAGAAGACUCGAAGAAGAACAAAACCUUCGAAGACGGCAUGAAAAAGCUCUUCAACAGAAAGUUCAAGAAGAAGCCAUUCUCAAAAAACAACUUGAAGAAAAUAUUCUUUGCAGAAAAAAGAUGGAUGAGGAAACUAUAUUGAGGCAAAAGGCACUAGAACAAGAAGAGUUACUGAGAAGAAAUGCAGAAAAAGAAGAAGCUCUUUUGAAAAGGCUUGCACAAGAAGAAAUUUUGAGAAAGCAAAUAGAAUUGGAACUAGAGAUGUCUAAAAAGAAGGAAUUAGAGCUUCAGAGACAACAAGAGGACCAAACAAAGAUUCAAAAGUUGAAGCUAGAAGAAGAAAAGCUUAGAUCUAUGCUAGAAAAUGAAGAAAAGAAGCGCAAACAACUUGAGCAAUUAGCCCAGAAACAAAAGGAAGACGAAGAGUAUUUAACAUCAUUGCUUGAAAAAGAAAGAUCAACAACCAAGAGGCUAGAGCAGCAAGUGAAUGAGAGCAAGAUGAGACUCGAAGAACAAGAACGUUUAGUGAAGCUAAAAGAAGAACAAAUGAAAAAGAAUCAAUUAGAGCAAGAAGAAAAGCUUCGCAAAGAAAUCGAGCAAGCAAGUAAACAAAAGGAGCAAGAAUUAAAACUCAAAAUUGAAGAGGAAUUCAAGCAAAGAGAAGAACAAUAUCGAUUACAACUGCAAAAGAAGCCUGAAAAUAAGGAAGCCUCUGUUGAGACUGAAUUUGUUCAAGAGUUGAAGAGCGAUAACUUGAGAACAGAAGUUAUUGGAGAGGCCCAAAAAGAUUUAUCACAAAAUGAAGACCACUCUGAAGAUUGCAUACCAAUGGAAGCCCUAAACGAGGAAGUAGUGGAGGAAGAAGACACAUCAGUAACUCUCUCAACAGAAUUAAGCUUUACUGCAGAAGACAAACAGCACGAUGACCAUAACAUCAGCAUCUCCAGCAAUGAAUUUGAAAAGGAAGAAUGUACAACAGGACAUGAAUCUAAACUUACAAACGUGUUUGACGAUAUACCUCCCAAUUCCCCAUCACGUAAUAUUGAAGAUGACCUUGCGUCAUUGGAUUCUCUCAAUUCCUCGUUCAAUUCCUCUUUUAAUUCACCAGAACAAAACGCCAACACUUUAUCAGCUCAUUCUAUUCUGUUAAAGGAGUUCGACAAUACUGAUCAUGGUGAAGAAGAGGAAAACUUUGAUAGUAUGGAUGACCACUGCAUCGACGAUCAUGACAUUCAUCUCAAUAUUGACAAAGAAUCGAAGCAUAUCGAUGUGGAGGAUGAAAAUAUUUUCGCUUCAAACAUUGAACCAAAAGACGAUGAUGACACAAACUUCCAAGUUUUCACAACUCUUAGCUCGGCCCCUGUUUUAAAGGAAAAACAAAAAUCCACAAGCGUCGUACAAACCAAAGAGCAUAUUGAAGCAUUGGUCAACUCGUUUGUUACAGCAAGCGGAAUUGAAGUCUUUAAGACUGUUGGAUCAAUAUGUCCUCUUAUUGAAAGAUCUGUCCUUAGUAGUAGUGCGAACCCCAACCAAGAUGCCUUUAAUUUAUUGAUUCUCGAAACAUUUAACAGUUAUAUCAAGGAAUAUAACUCUAUUAUACAAUCAGAACAUGCUGGUAACACAUUUAAGGGUCAUAUUUUUGGAAGAGUAGAGGAAAGCACCAGAAAACGAAAAACAAUUUACAACAAAGUACCUGAAAUGUCACCAUUUGAUUAUGCUUUUGAGAGCUUGAUGACAGCCUUCGAAUUUUCCAAGAAUGAAAAAUUUGUGGAUCAUACUCUUCUUGACAUUGAGAACGAAUAUUUACCAAAGCACUCCAUUCCUUUAAUUCCAGGAGUGAUGCAACCUCUCGAAAAAUGGAAAUCCACCAAUUAUGAGGAAGAGUUAGUCAAAACAUUCAUCACAGAUCAAUUGUUUGAUGAACUAUUACUCGACACAGCUCAAAGUCUCUUGAAAGUUUUUGAAUGA